AGAACCUGACUGACAAGGCUGUCGUGUUAUGACGACCCCCAACAAAGGAAACAAGGCCUUGAAGGUGAAGCGGGAGCCAGGCGAGAAUGGGACCAGCUUGACAGAUGAGGAGCUGGUGACCAUGUCUGUGCGGGAGCUGAACCAGCAUCUACGGGGUCUGUCGAAGGAGGAGAUCAUCCAGCUGAAGCAGCGCCGGCGCACGCUGAAGAACCGGGGCUACGCGGCCAGCUGCAGAGUCAAGCGCGUUACCCAGAAGGAGGAACUGGAGAAGCAGAAGGCAGAGCUGCAGCAAGAAGUGGAGAAGCUGGCCUCCGAGAACGCCAGCAUGAAAAUGGAACUCGAUGCUCUCCGCUCCAAAUACGAGGCCCUCCAGAACUUCGCCAGAACCGUGGCCCGGAGCCCCGUGACCCCUGCGCGGGGACCUCUCACCUCCAGUAUGGGGCCCCUUGUCCCUGGCAAGGUUGCUACUACCAGUGUCAUCACAAUAGUGAAAUCCAAAACGGACGCCCGGUCUUAGUGAAGCGAGUGUUGCCUGAGCUUGUCUGUGCAGGGCAAUUAGGCACAAAACCAGCCUGGAAUCCCCAAAGCACAAACCCUCCCCACAUGGGUCCGGGUUCCUUCUACUUGGCCCAGGACUGGCCUGCUGAUCACUCCAGUUUUAUUUUGUUGUGUCCAGAUUGGUAUGAGCAGUGGUGAUGCGUCCCUUGUCCUGUGCAGACAGAGCCUCCCACCCAGCGGUCUGUGGCCCUUGGGUGCCCAUGGGACAGACUGCGAGAUCUUGGUUUUCUAGCCAAAGAAAGUCUGUGCGGCGUGGCCGAUGGCAGGGUGACGGAAGGGCUUGGGGAAGGUCCGGAGGGAGGCUUUCUUCCUGGGGGCUGGGAACCCUAAUUUUCAGUCAUGUCCAAAGGCUUUUAUUUCAUUACUCUUCCAGGUGGUGCAUCUCGAUGCCUGACUGCCAGGCACCUGAACCUGCUGCUUUUGUCUCGUUUGGUACCCAUAGUUGCAGUUGGGGUGUUCUGUGUAAUAGGUUUUUAUUCCUUUCUAGGUGUGCCUCUGUGCCCUAACAGUGGGUUUCCUUCCUUCCUUUCCGUUGCGUUAGCCGUGUAAACUAGCAGUGGUGGAAAGGAAGAUGCUGUCGUGCCCAGCUGCCGCUGCGCCAGCAAUGGGGAGGAGCUGGGACAGGGUCCCUGCAGGGGCCCAGCACCCCAGGGGAGGGAGGGAAGGUACCACGUUGACUGCAGGCCGGUUUUGUGCCUAAUGCGUUGCACUGAACAAGACCAAAAUCACUAGUUGUUCCCGUGUUUUGAGGGUAUCAAGUGUCUCUAGUGUGAUGGUUUACACAACCAGUUUAUGUGGUUAAAUAGCCCUUUUAUUUAAAGAGAGAAACAUCAUUUUAAGAGUUAUUAAAUUAUCUAAGUUUAAAAUUAAAAUCAGACAGAAGAGAGAGCGUAUUUAUAGUCAGCUUUUUUUAACUGAGAGGGCGAGAAUAUUUGACCAUAUGAAUGGGGAAAUAUUCUCGGAGACUUUGAUAGUUAAAAGUUAAUAAAUAAAUAAUUUUAAAGUUUCUCAUGAACCUCCCGCAAACUGUUUGUGGCUCUGAGGUUAGUUUUUAUAAAGAGUUAUCAGACUUUAUUUAUAAAACUUAGAAAAAGACAAAAAAAGAGGCAA